UUUUAAAAAAAGUGUACAGAAACGCUAACUCGUAAGCUCCACGCACGCAAAGUGUUUGUGAUAAUCUUCUCUUUAUUGGAUACUCUCUCGACACUCUCUCUCACUCUGCUCCAACCUUCAUGGAUUCCCAUUCCUGUAUUAUUGCAUGGGGCUCUGGUGAAGAUGGUCAACUAGGAAUCGGCAACAACGAAGAGAAAGAAUGGGUCUGUCUCGUCGAAGCUCUCCAACCUCACCGUUUCCGCUCCGUCGUUGCCGGCAGCAGAAACUCCCUCGCCAUCGGUGAGGACGGCAAGUUGUUCACUUGGGGUUGGAACCAAAGGGGCACACUUGGGCAUCCAGCUGAGAGUAAGUCUGAGAACAAGAUUGAGAACAUUCCCAGCCAGGUCAAGGCUCUUUCCAGUGUUAAGAUUGUCCAGGCGGCUAUUGGGGGAUGGCACUGUUUGGCUGUUGAUGAUCAGGGCAGAGCUUAUGCCUGGGGUGGAAAUGAAUAUGGGCAGUGUGGUGAAGAACCUGAGCGCAAGGAUGAUACUGGCAAACCUUUAAGGAGAGAUAUAGAGAUCCCUCAACGUUGUGCUCCUAAGCUUGUUGUUCGGCAGGUUGCUGCAGGAGGAACUCACUCAGUGGUACUUACGUGUGAAGGCCAUGUUUGGACAUGGGGUCAGCCAUGGCCUCCGGGUGACAUAAAACAGAUUUCAGUUCCUGUUCGGGUUCAAGGUCUUGAAAGUGUGAGGCUCAUUGCUGUUGGAGCAUUUCAUAAUUUGGCUCUUCAAGAGGAUGGAACUUUAUGGGCAUGGGGAAAUAAUGAAUAUGGACAACUUGGAACUGGAGAUACUCAACCUAGAUCACAACCCAUUCCUGUCCAAGGACUUUCUGAUCUUACUCUGGUUGAUAUUGCAGCUGGUGGAUGGCAUUCUACUGCAUUGACCGAUGAAGGAGAGGUACUCUUUUUGUGUGUAGAAUCUAUUGGUUUUAAAUUUUAAUUUGAAGAUAUACCA